AUGAGGGGAAAGCAGGAUGUGGCCGUGGAGAAGUCUUAUGGGAAACCAGUCAAAUAUGACCCUUCCUUUCGAGGCCCCAUCAAGAACAGGGGCUGCACAGAUGUCAUAUGCUGUGUCCUCUUCCUUCUCUUCAUUCUGGGUUACAUUGCGUUGGGGAUCGUGGCAUGGAUUUAUGGAGACCCCCGGCAAGUCCUCUACCCCAGGAACUCCACCGGGGCCUACUGUGGCUUAGGGGCAAACAAAGAUAAACCCUAUCUCCUGUACUUCAACAUCUUCAGCUGCAUCCUGGCCACCAACAUCAUCGCGGUCACUGAGCAAGGCCUGCAGUGCUCUACACCCCAGGUGUGUGUGUCUUCCUGUCCAGAGGCCCCAUGGACUGUGAAUAACAAUGAGCUCUCCCAGACAGUCGGGGAGGUCUUCUACGCGGCAAACCGGAACGUUUGUCUGCCAGGGGUGCCUUGGAAUAUGCCAGUGCGCCAAAGCCUGGAACAGGAGCUGUGCCCCCGUUUUCUCCUCCCUUCUGCUCCAGCUCUGGGGCGCUGUUUUCCAUGGCCCAAUAAUAGUGCUUGGCCUGAACUCCCAGGGAUCUCCAGCAACACCACCAUCUACCCGGGGAUCAGCCCUGUCUGACUCUGUCUCUCCCCAUAUGGUCUUUUUGACAGCCUCAAUGCCCAUGACAUCAGCAUUAAGAUCUUUGAAGAUUUUGCCCAAUCUUGGUAUUGGAUUCUUGUUGCCCUCGUCGUGGCUCUGGUCCUGAGCCUGCUGUUUAUUUUGCUUCUGCGCCUGGUGGCCGGGCCUAUGGUGCUGGUCCUGAUCCUAGGGGUGCUGGGCGUGCUGGCAUAUGGCAUCUACCACUGCUGGAAAGAGUACCAAGUACUGCGGGGAGAAUCGAGUGCUACCAUCACCCAGCUGGGCUUCACCACCAACCUCAGCGCCUACAGCAGCGUUAAGGAGACCUGGUUGGCAGCCCUGAUCGUGUUGGCUGUGCUGGAAGGCCUCCUGCUGCUCAUGCUCAUCUUCCUACGUCAGCGGAUCUGUAUCGCCAUUGCCCUACUGAAGGAAGCCAGCAAGGCCGUGGGACUGAUGAUGUCUGCCAUGUUCUACCCGCUGAUCACCUUUGUCCUCCUGUUCAUUUGCAUUGCCUACUGGGCCAUGAUCUCUCUGUACCUGGCCACAUCAGGACAACCUCAGUACGUCUUCUGGGCACCCAACACCAGCUUAGCCAGCUGUGAGACAGUGACAAUGAAUGCAUCAUGCGAUCCCCUGGCUCAGCCCAUGAACUCCUCAUGCCCAGGGCUGAUGUGCGUCUUCCAGGGCUACUUGUCCUCAGGCCUGGCACAACGUUUUCUCUUCAACUUGCAACUCUACGGGGUCCUGGGGCUAUUCUGGACCCUCAAUUGGGUCCUGGCCCUGGGCCAGUGUGUUCUGGCUGGGGCCUUUGCCUCCUUCUACUGGGCCUUCCGCAAGCCCAAGGAUAUUCCCACCUUCCCCGUGAGCACUGCCUUCAUCCGCACACUGCGUUACCACACAGGGUCUCUGGCCUUUGGGGCCCUCAUCCUGACCCUUGUGCAGAUAGCCCGGGUCAUCUUGGAGUAUGUUGAUCACAAACUGAGAGGAGCCCAGAACCCUAUGGCCCGCUGCAUCAUGUGCUGCUUCAAGUGCUGCCUCUGGUGUCUGGAGAAGUUUAUCAAGUUUCUGAACCGCAAUGCAUACAUCAUGAUUGCCAUCUACGGGAAGAAUUUCUGUGUCUCAGCCAAAAAUGCCUUCAUGCUGCUCAUGCGGAACAUCGUCAGGGUGGUUGUCCUGGACAAAGUCACAGACUUGCUGCUGCUCUUCGGGAAGCUGCUGGUGGUGGGUGGUGUCGGGAUCCUGUCCUUCUUUUUUUUCACCGGUCGCAUCCCUGGGCUGGGUAAAGACUUUGAGAGGCCCCACCUCAACUAUUACUGGUUGCCUAUCAUGACCUCCAUCCUGGGGGCCUACGUCAUCGCCAGCGGCUUCUUCAGCGUUUUUGGCAUGUGUGUGGACACACUCUUCCUCUGUUUCUUGGAAGAUCUAGAGCGGAACGACGGCUCCCCGGACCGGCCCUACUACAUGUCCAAGGCCCUUCUGAAGAUUGUGGGCAAGAAGAACGACGCUCCCCCAGGAAGCAAAAGAAAGAAGUGAGAGGUGCAGCCCUGAGACAAGGCUACAUCCUAUCUACACAGCCUUCCAGCCUCAUCCCGCCUUUCAGAUCUUGAUUUUGUAGUAAAAAGAUUUUAUUAAAGAUUGGCAUUUUACUCC